AUGUCCAGAACCAUAGAAGAAUCAGUCCAAGCAGCCAUCGACUCUGGCAAAAUCAACGGAGCUAUCAUCUGCGCCACCGAUUCCAACGGAGACUUUUCUUAUAAUACUGCUUUCGGCCGACGCACUCUUCUCUCGGGUGAAAAAGUUCCUCAGAAAAUAGACGAUAUUCUAUGUCUUGCGUCGGCUUCGAAACUUCCAACUAGUAUCGCUGCUUUACAGUGUGUUGAAGAAGGUCUUCUUACUCUCAAAGGAGACUUGUCAACUGUGGCUCCAGAGUUGGCCGAAAAGAAGGUUUUGAAAGGAUGGUCUGGAGAUGACGAGCCAAUUUUGGAAGAUGCAUUCCAGAAAAUCACGCUUGAGAUGCUACUUACGCAUAGCGCUGGUACGGCAUACGACUUUCUACAUCCGACUAUUGGAAAGUGGAGUGCCAAAUAUAAACCAAAGGAUCAAGGCAAAAAGACUGUCGAAGAUACUUUUAUUUAUCCGCUCUCUCAUCAACCUGGGGCUGGCUGGAUGUAUGGAUCUAGUCUUGACUGGGCUGGUCGGAUCGUGGAGCGUGUAACGGGAGAUACACUUGAGAAACGGCUUCAGGAACGCAUCUUGAAACCUCUUGGUUGUGGAAAUGAUGCUCAGUUUCACCCGAUUACCAGAGACGACUUGAGAGAGCGCUUUGUCGAUCUCAACCCCGAUGAUCCUGAAGGUCUAGGUCGUGCUGUCAUGGGUCAAGGAUCUUCUAUCAACAUUCGCUCCAGCGGAUGUUUCGGCGGUCACGGUCUAGCAAUGUCCGCUACAUACUACCUCAAAAUCCUUCAAUCCAUCCUCUCAAAUGAUGGAAAACUCCUCAAACGCGAAACUGUCGACGACAUGUUUCAGAAUCAUCUCAGUCCCGAAGCAGCCGCUGGUCAUCAAGCCAUGCUUGCAAGCCCGAUGGGCCCUUUCUUCAGAGUUGGAAUUGAUGAAAAUACCAAACUUGGACAUGGUCUUGGAGGUGCUGUGACGCUUGAAGAUGUGGAUGGGUGGUAUGGUGCUCAUACAAUGAGUUGGGGAGGAGGUUUGACUUUGACUUGGUUUAUUGACCGGAAGAAUGAUAUUUGUGCCAUCGGGGCUAUCUGUGCUGCUCUACCUUUGGAUGAUGAGGUGACCAAAAUAGCUACAGACUUGAAGGAUGUUAUUAGGAAGGAUAUCUAUCGAAAAUACGCUAGUUGGAAGGAGGGCAACUGA